GGCGGGGCUUCCGGGCGCUGGGCGCGAGCGGUUUGAACGGCGGUGGGUGUGGGUCGGGCUGCCGGGCUCCGACCCGCGGUCCCAGCCCCGCUGAUGGCGGCCCCCGAGGAGGCGCGGGUCUCUUCGCCGCCGCCGCCGCCCCCCUCCUCCCCCUCGUCUUCGGAGGCCUCGUCAGCCUCUUCCCCCGGCGUUCCGGGGAGGUCGGGCUGGCCGGCUCCGAGCAGCGGCCGCGGCCGGUCGGCGGACCCGCUGGAGGAGGUGGAGCUGCAGAUCGGAGACGCAGCAUUUUCAUUAACCAAACUUCUUGAAGCCACAUCUGCAGUAUCAGCUCAAGUGGAAGAGCUUGCCUUCAAAUGUACAGAAAAUGCACGCUUCCUUAAAACCUGGCGGGACCUCUUGAAAGAAGGCUAUGAUUCUUUGAAGCCUGACAACUGAUUUGGCUGUGUGAUAAUUCAUACUUGCUCAUUUAUGAUGUUUGCAUGUGUACCAUAAGUAUAAGGUUGUCUCCAGCAGUCUGUGUAUUCAGAAUGCAGUUUUUUUUUUUUGUUUUCUUCACUUUUGUGAAAGCAGAAUACCGAUGCUAUUUUUGAUGCUGGCCAAUAUCUAUCUUUAAAUACUUUCUGUUCUCUAAACUUUCAUAGAAUCUUUUAUGAAAGUUAUUUCAUCAUUAGAUAAGGUUAAUAAUGCCACAGUGUUACCAGUAGAAAAAAACAGGUAGAGCAUUCUAUUUGAUUUCCAAGAAGAUGCUGAAAAUGCCCGAGUUUGAAGUUGAGCUUCAUUUUAUGGACCAAAGGAAAUAACUUUAAGGCUACUAGUGUUGGCCCAGCUCCACUAGGCCAGGUUCCCUGGAACUAAUGAUUGUGUCUGUCUUCUUUAUCCCCAGCACCUAGAACAAGGGUAGUGUUCAAACCAGUAAAUGUUUGUUGAAUAAAUGAGUUGACAGUACAAUUAAAAGCUGUUUUUUUCUUCUUGUUUUUAGCGUGAAAAUUGUAAUUGUUUUUCAAAAAAAUAUUUGAAUCAGAACCUGACUUGAAGGAAUUUUUUUUUUUUUUUUUUUAACGGGGAUUUGAUAUUUAACUGAUGACAGUUUUUAAAAAUAUAUGGUAAAUGUUUUUUAUCCUUCAUCCUUCAUGAUGCUUUUUAAAGUUUUUAUUUCAGAAAAUGAAAGCUGUCUAGAAAGAAUGUAUAUAUAUAUUUUUUUCUCUGUUUAUUUCUCAGGUUACAUGCUUUGUGAUGUUGUAUGUUCUUUUUAAAGUGCCUUAUCAAAAUUAUGGCUCUGUACCCUUUUUGAAUUUUGCACAUAAUUCUAAAUAUAAUUCUAAAGAUACUGUUUUAAUGGAUCAAAUUUAAAUGAUGUGAUUGGUUUCAUAUUAUUUGACUUUAAUGACAAUGUUCUACUUGUCCCAUAUCUAAUGUUGUUCUAUUUCUUUUCUUUUUUUUUUUUUUUGGUUUGUGUCAUAUGUAUCUGAUUAAGCCAGCUAAUUCUCCAGAACUUCUAGAUAUCUUUGAUAUGCAUUGUAAUUCUUUUGUAGAUAUGGAGAUGUGUGCAGAACUAUAUUCUAAGGCCCUAGAGUGGGGUUAUGAAAAGGAACAAAUGGAUGCACAAAGAAUACUAUUGUUUGGUAUAUUAGGUCAUAGUACUUGAUUAAAUUUUUAAGUUAAAAAUAACACAUAUGAUGUGUUUAUACCAAAGAGAUACUUAUUUUGCUAUUAGAAAAAUAUUUUUCUUCUGUGUCAUCAAAACUGCAGUUUUUAAGAUGUACAGAAAUAAAUGUGUUCAAAGCGAGUUUCAUUUCCAUUUCUUUGGUUCAUUAUUUUAAAACUUUUUAUUGAAAUGUUUCAAACACAUGAGUAAAACAUUAGAGGAUCUAUUCCCACAUUUAAUAAAUGUUAGCAUUUGGCUGUACUUUCUUCUGAUCUACCUAUGUUUGUAAUGUUAGAUACAUUUGUAACUUUUGUUACCUCUUUGUGUCAGUUGGUCCCAUUCUUCCCCCUCCCCCCUGCUUUUCUCCCCAGAGGUAACCAUGGUCCUAAAAGUGUAUAUUCUAGUUUGUGUUCUUUUAUUUUUAAUGCAUAUGUAUGUUUUCAAAGUACUACAAAAUAUUGUUUUGUGUAUGUGGUAGGUGGCCUCCAGAUAGCCACAAUGGGCGGCCUCCUGGUAUGCAUGCCCUUGUGUCCUCUCACAUACUGAGUAGUGCUGACUUACAUAACUAGUAGGAGCUUGAAGAAUGCAGUGUGUGAUUUCUGAGGCUAUGCAUACCUUUGUCCAUUUUUCUAUUAUGUUUUGUCUUUUCCUUGUGAAUUUGUAGGUAUUAUGUAUUUUGAAUACUAAUGGUCUGUUACCUAUGUUAUCUAUCUUUUGUAGUUAUUUAUCUUUGUAUUUGGUUGUGCAAUUUUCUUAAAUAAAGGUUUUUAAUUGAAUGAAA